CGACUGUAAUCCCAUUUGAAAUUCUCGAUAGUUCAAAACGCGUACAGGAAAUUCACACUAAUUCUAUUUAAAUCAUUGCGUGUGUUGUAAGAUAAUGUUAAACAGUAUUUAUAUGAUAGUCUGUAAGAUAUGGAAACGGUUAUUCGUUGACCUCGGCAUAAGCAUGACUUCAAAUUCUAUCAGAUACUGGGGUGUAUUUGUUGUGCUACUGAUUCUUUGGCGAAGUUCAGAAGAAGUUGGUGAAAUAGAGACUCAAAGUGAGGUCGGUCUUAUCAACCUCGCCAAGAUUGUGAACCAGAUUGGUUUCCAACUUUAUCCAGAGAUCGCAGGCGAUGGAAACGUCUUCUUCUCUCCAUUUAGCUUGUCUUCUCUUUUUGGAAUGUUAUACCUGGGCACUAGAGGACCUCAAUCACAGGUUAUUGGAGAGAAACUGGGAUUCGAAGGGACCAACUUUGGAGGAAAAGAUGUCCAUGAAACAUUUAAAGAGCUGACCGCCUUACUGGCUGACAAUAGUAUUUACGUAGCUAACGGCGUGUUUCUACAAAGUGGGCUGAAAAUCUUAGAUUCAUAUAAGACUAAACUUGGUCAGUAUUAUGAUGGAAAAUUAACAGAACUGGACUUCGCUAAUAACCUAGACGUAGCUACUAAUUAUAUCAAUCAUUGGGUUAGUCAAAAGACGAGAAACAAGAUUUCCGAACUUUUCUCUGGCAAUUCGUUAGGCGGGGCAAUAUUGGUAGCAUUAAAUGUCAUUUACUUUAAAGAGAGCUGGUCCUUGAAAUUCAAUCCUAUCAACACAAAUCCAACCACAUUCUUUAACCUAAACGGAGAGGAAGUCAUGGUCCCAAUGAUGGCACAGAAAGCUACAUUUUUGUAUGGGUUCAACUCUGACCUUAUGAUCCAUGUUUUGGACAUACUUUACACCGGAAAUAAAACCAGCAUGUUAUUAGUACUUCCAGAAGAAAAUGUUGACCUUUCAUUUGUAGAGAGAGCACUAAACCCGGAAUUUUUGAACCGCCUUUCUAAAGAACUGGAGAACACUCUUGUCGAUCUGUCCCUCCCACGAUUCAAGUUAAGUUUGAAAUAUGAAGACAAUGAACUCAAGAGGGCGUUAUCAGCGAUAGGUCUUCUGGGAUUUUUCUCGUUAGAUUAUUCAGGAAUCGGUGAAGAUAGGGGGCUUACCCUCUCGGAUGUAGUCCAUAAAGCCGUGCUAGAAGUAAACGAAGAAGGAACUGAAGCUGCAGCGGUCUCUGGUGCGGUUUUUCGCGGAGUUCCGAUAGUUAGAGUCAAUCAUCCGUUCCUUUUCUUCAUCAAAGACCGCCAAACAGGCUUAGUUCUCUUUAUGGGUCGUGUUAAUAACAUGCCUUCAGCCUAAGCCUAUAUAACUUCCGUAUUGGCCCGAUUAUAGGGCGAUCUCGAAUGUAAGGCCACCCCAUUUUCAGAAACCAUGGGAAAGAAAACAAAUUGAGUGUCAUAACGUCCUUUUUUUAGGUCCGCAAAAUCAAUACUAUAACUGAAGAGCCUGCAGAUGGAUUAAUUGCAAGAAUUAGCGAUGACAUUGAGUGAAUAUCUGGCGCGCAUGUGUAAACGGUAUCUGGCCAUUCAGGAAUGCAACAGGCUAGAAUAGGGGAAAGGGGCCUGUGGUCAGGCGCGCUUAUAAGGUUACUAUGAAUUUUACAGCCUAAUUAUCAAUAAUAAUAAAAACAUCGCCUUAUAAUCGGGCCAAUACGGUAUUUCCAAAAAAAUUUUGUAACUAUUUAGUUUUGAUCUCUUUUACUUGCAGUGCAAUAAUAAUUUUAAGUUUUUAUUUUUUUUCUGCGUUUUAAUUGCCAUUAAAGCUUGUGAAUCUACUUUCAAACAUCGAUUUUCUAAAAAAAAGUAACUUUUGUUUUCACGUGAAAAUGUGCAGACCUAGACAACUAGUCUUAAAUGUUUAUUUAUUGGUUCAUUUUGAUUAGGCAUUCACAAAUGUAUCACAUUUAAAUUUCAAUAAUAAUAAAUCAUACUGCUUUCUUACAAAAUAUUUUCUAAAAUUAUAAAAAAUAAAUAAAUAACAUGA